AUGCCAAAUAGAGUCGGUGGUUAGAGCAAUUUCAACGUUUGAGGCUGCCACAAAAUUUGCUUUUUGUCUUCAAGAAAUUUAUGUUGCUGAAUACGAACAUAUUUCGAAGACCAUUGAAAUAUCGGACGAAGCAAAUGAUCGUUAUGUGUAUAGCAUUAGCAUCGUAAACAACAAACCGCUUGUUGAACUGAAUUAUGUACUGAAGAAUCCACCUUUUAUACCUUCGGAAAGAAGCACAUAUUUCAACGGCCAAAGCUCAAGAGAUUUUGAAACUGAGGCAUUAUUAAACAAAGCCAACGAUUUCGACAAUCUUGAAAGAGGAGAGCUCAUAGACAAUACGCUGAGACAAUAUUUUGGUUUCACGUCGUUUCGGCCACUGCAGAGAGAGACAAUAAUGGCAACAAUGAACGGAGAAGAUGUUAUGACAGUCGUGGGAACUGGUGGUGGUAAGACGUUGAUGUAUCUCUUACCUGCUGUAAUUUCUUCCAAUAUCACUUUGGUAGUUUCUCCCACAUUGUCACUAAUAGAUGACGUGCUUGGUAGAUGUCAUAAUCUCGGCAUAUCAGCAUGUAAAUUUACUGGAGAACUUCCAAAGGAAUUACAAUACAGCCAGCAGUUGAAUAUAAAACAAUUUAAGAUUGUUCUUGGAACACCUGAAAUGCUCAAGGAAGGAGAAUUCAACAGCACUGUCAUGUCCAUGAUUGAGAAAAAAGAAAUAGAAAGGAUCGUGUUUGAUGAAGCACAUACAAUUGUUAGCUGGGGUAACACUUUUCGUCCAAUAUAUAGAGAAGUAUGUGAAGAGUUAGCUAAGACAACAUGCCCUAAACUUUUGUUGAGUGCAACAGUUCCUGCCAAAAUUGAAUCUGAACUUAAGGAUAUUUUCAUGGGUUUGGUGGUCUUCAGAUCUUCAAUCUUCCGAGAGAAUCUGUUUUUGAAAGUUCAAGAGCGUACAAGCAAGUUCUAUGAUGAAUUGAAAAGCUUUAUUUUGGAGAGAAAGGGUGAUAGUGGUAUUAUCUACUGUGUUUUACCAAAGCAUGUUUCAACCAUUCAUGCUGAUCUUUUGAAAAAUUGGAUUGACUGUGUCAAGUAUCAUGGGAAAUUGUCUGAAGAAGUGAAAACAAAUAGUUACUCUAAAUGGGUAAAUGGAGAGUGCAGAUUGAUUGUUGCCAAUUCUUCAUUUGGGAUGGGCAUUGACAAAAAGGAUGUGCGAUAUGUGAUCCAUGGCAGAAUACCCACAAGUGUUGAAGAAUACCAUCAGCAGUGUGGCCGUGCAGGGCGUGAUGGUUUGCCUGCGACAUGUGUGCUAUUUUAUAAAUAUGGGGACAAGAAUAUGCUUUUGAAAUUGUUUCAAAUGCAAAGUGAACAAAGCCAGCAAAUUGCAUCAGUUAACGAACUGAUACAUUUUCUUGAAGAUCCUGUACAGUGUCGUCACAGAAGCCUUAUGGUAUUCUUUGGAGAGAAAACAACCAGUUUCAUUUGUGGAACCAGUUGUGACAAUUGUGGUACACGAGGGAGCUUCUAUGCAACUGAUGGCACGUCUGAUGCACUGAAGGUGUUACAAGCAGUGGUGGAAUUGACUGGAAGGGUUUUUACAUGUAACACCCUAAAACUCUUCCUUGUAGGAAGUCGACAGAAAUCUAUUCUGGAACAAGAACUGGAUACUCUAGUAAAUUUUGGUAGCCUUGAGAAAAGGUUUGUGCCAGCUGUGCUACUUGACAAAUUUUUACAUUCACUUAUUAACAGUGGCAUUCUAGCAGAGGUUAUUGAAAAAAAGGGGAAACAUUUAUAUUCUCAGCUUGUUCUUGGACCAAAAGCACAUGAUCUGAUGGCUCUCAGGCUGAGUGUUUCUCGCUACGAGAAGUAA